UUUUUUUUGCAUUCUAGAUGCGCGGGUCACCUGGAGAAUUGCAACGAUCCCAAUUUCAGGCAGUUUCGUUUUUAUGCCUACUAUUUUAACAAUUACUUUGGUCACGGAAUGGCCAAUUCAGCGGAAACCGCUUCGGCCUGGCUAACGGUAUUAGUUUCGGUUGAGCGUUAUAUGGCAAUGAAAUAUCCAAUGCUAGCCCUCACAUACUGCCGACAUAGCUCAGGCCGAAUGCACGUGAUAAUUAUAAUUCUCCUUUCCGUGGCCUUUAACGCGCCCCUUUUCUUCACCACUCGAUGUUCACGCAAAAAUGUCACUACUGAAACCGGUGAGUCGAAGGAAAUACUUGUCACAUACUACACUGCCUUCGGAAAAUCCACCGACUACGAUAUCUUCACGUGGUUUCGCUUCGUCUUGGUUCAAAUUGUUCCCCUAAUAGCUCUAUGUAUUUUCAACAGUCUCCUUCUUACCGUCGUGAGUGAGAGUUAUCGCAAAUUGCGAACGCAACAGGAGGUUAAGGAGAUAUCUCACGAUGGAAAUAGGGAGGUGCCCAAUUCUAGCAAACAUCAACGCACUGUCAAGCAGUUGCAAAUCGAGCGUCGGCAACGGGCGCAGACUAAACUAACUCUCAUGCAAAUAUGUGUAAUAUUUCUCUUCCUUAUUGGCCAGAUUCCCCAAGCCUUCUCCUUUGAAAAGAUUGCCAAUGUGAUAAUGCCCGUGUGGUGCGGCAAGUGCUGCAAAUUUCGCAUUUAUUAUCAAGUUAUAAGCAUAUUGCUUAGUCAAAUUGGCUUCUCUUUGCCAUUUUUCAUUUACUUCUCCCUUAAUAGACACUUUCGCAAAAUCCUCCUUACCUGUUGUAAGUCGAAACCCACCGAGCACUGUACAACACGAUAUUCACGAGCAACCAUAGUUGAAUCGCGUGUUUAUUAG